GGGAGGGAGGCACAUGGCAGCACGCAACCGACGGCACAAGUGAGAGAAAGGAUGAAAAACGUUCUUUUUCCUUUUUUUUAAACUGAGCAAUCAAGAGAAAAGAGGCAGCGAGACGCAGGAGCAGCGUCUCCCCGGCUGGCCGACCUCGUAUCUUCUCUGAGCCAGAAGAGGGAGGGAAGGAGAGAGAGAGAGGAUGCUGAACAACAUGACGGACGGCGAGGAGGGAGAGGAAGGGACCCAACAGCCAGGGUGACGGGAACCCGAGAGAGAGCAGUCCUUUCAUCAACAGCGGCGCGGCCACGAGCGCCGACAAGAGCCUGCAGUACGACGGCAAGAACAUGGCUCUGUUCGAGGAGGAGAUGGACACCAGUCCGAUGGUCUCCUCUUUGCUCAGCAGUCUGGCCAACUACACCAACCUGCCCACGGGCAGCAAAGAGCACGAAGAGGCCGAGAAUAACGAGGAGGGGGCGCGUCCGUCCAAAAAACCCGUCAAGGCUCCACAGCUGGGGACGCUGAUGGGCGUGUACUUGCCGUGCAUCCAGAACAUUUUUGGGGUGAUCCUCUUCCUGCGGAUGACUUGGAUGGUCGGGGUGGGAGGCGUCUUCGGCUCCUUCAUAAUCGUCUUCAUGUGUUGCUCCACGACGAUGCUCACAGCCAUCUCCAUGAGCGCCAUAGCAACCAACGGAGUGGUACCAGCCGGAGGUUCGUACUACAUGAUCUCUCGCUCUCUGGGGCCCGAGUUCGGUGGAGCCGUUGGCAUCUGCUUCUACCUGGGCACCACCUUCGCAGGCGCCAUGUACAUUCUGGGCUGCAUUGAGAUUCUGCUGAUUUACAUCAUCCCCCAGGCGGCCAUCUUUAAGAUCGAGGGCCUGGAGGGCCCGGAGGCGGAGCUGGCUCUCCUCAACAACAUGCGGGUGUACGGCACCAUCGUGCUGAGCUUCAUGUCGCUGGUGGUGUUUGUUGGGGUCAAAUACGUGAACAAGCUGGCGCUGCUCUUCCUCGCCUGCGUCAUCCUCUCCAUCGUGGCCGUGUACGCCGGCGUCAUCAAGACCGCCAUGGACCCCCCUGUCUUCCCCGUCUGCCUCCUAGGGAAUCGGACGCUCCUCUCCAAGGGAUACGACGUCUGCGCGAAGGUCGUGGAGACGGACAACGAAACCGUCACCACCCAACUGUGGAGGACCUUCUGCGAUUCCGACUCCUUGGACGCCACUUGUGACGAAUACUUCACCAGCAACAACGUGACGGAGAUACAGGGCAUCCCGGGGGUCACCAGCGGCAUCCUGGCAGAGAACCUCUUUGGGAACUACCUGGAAAAGGGGAUGUUCCUGGAGAAGCGCCGGGUCGCGUCCGAAGAGAGCGCGGACAGCCCGCCGACUGGCGCCAACCGCUACGUCAUGGCCGACAUCACCAGCUUUUUCACCCUGCUGGUGGGGAUAUACUUCCCUUCCGUCACAGGCAUCAUGGCGGGCUCCAACCGCUCCGGAGACCUGCGCGAUGCUCAGAAGUCCAUCCCCAUCGGCACGAUUGCCGCCAUCACCACCACGUCCAUCGUGUACAUGUCCACCGUCGUGCUGUUCGGAGCCUGUAUAGAAGGAGUCGUCCUCAGGGACAAGUUCGGUGAAGGGGUGAACGGUAACCUGGUGAUCGGGACUUUGGCGUGGCCGUCUCCGUGGGUCAUUGUGUUCGGCUCCUUCUUCUCCACCUGUGGAGCAGGACUCCAGAGUCUGACCGGAGCUCCGCGGCUCCUGCAGGCCAUCGCCAGAGACGGCAUCAUCCCGUUUCUCAGAGUGUUUGGGCACGGCAAAGACAACGGGGAGCCCACCUGGGCCCUUCUGCUCACAGGUUGCAUCUGUGAGAUCGGCAUCAUCAUCGCCUCCCUGGAUGCAGUCGCCCCCAUCCUCUCCAUGUUUUUCUUGAUGUGCUACAUGUUCGUCAACCUCGCGUGUGCCCUGCAGACUUUGCUGAGGACGCCGAACUGGAGGCCGCGCUUCAAGUUCUACCACUGGGCUCUGUCCUUCUUGGGUAUGAGCCUGUGUCUGUCGCUCAUGUUCAUCUGCUCCUGGUUUUACGCCAUCAUCGCCAUGGGCAUCGCCACCUGCAUCUACAAAUACAUUGAGUUCUGCGGGGCGGAGAAGGAGUGGGGCGACGGGAUACGUGGCAUCUCGCUGAGCGCCGCCCGCUUCGCUCUCAUGAGGCUGGAGGAAGGGCCGCCGCACACCAAGAACUGGAGGCCUCAGAUCCUGGUCCUGGUGAGCGUGGACGCGGAGCAGAACGUGGAGCAGCCUCGUCUGCUCUCUCUGGCCAAUCAGCUGAAGGCAGGGAAGGGUCUGACCAUCGUGGGCACCUCGGUUCAAGGAACCUUCCUGGACAACUACGCGGAGGCCCAGAAGGCCGAUCAGUCUUUGCGUAAGUUGAUGGAGACGGAGAAGGUCAAGGGUUUCCCCCAGGUGGUCAUCUCCUCCAAUCUGAGAGACGGGACGUCCCACCUCAUCCAGGUUGGAGGACUGGGAGGUCUGAAGCACAACACCGUGAUGGUCAGCUGGCCCCGGAACUGGAAGCAGCCCGAGUGCCACCAGCAGUUCAGGAACUUUAUUGAGGUGGUCCGAGAGACGACCAUAGCCAGUCUGGCCUUGUUGGUUCCCAAGAACAUCUCCAGCUACCCGUCCAAUGGAGAGCGCUUCACCGAGGGCCACAUAGACGUGUGGUGGAUUGUCCACGACGGAGGCAUGCUGAUGCUCCUCCCCUUCCUGCUGCGACAGCAUAAGGUGUGGAGGAAGUGCAAGAUGCGCAUUUUCACCGUGGCCCAGAUGGACGACAACAGCAUCCAGAUGAAGAAAGACCUCAUCACCUUCCUCUAUCACCUGCGCAUCGACGCCGCUGUGGAAGUGGUGGAGAUGCACGAUGGCGACAUCUCGGCCUACACCUACGAGAAGACGCUGGUCAUGGAGCAACGAUCGCAGAUCCUCAAACAGAUGCAUCUGACCAAGAACGAGAAGGAGAGAGAGAUCCAGAGCAUCACCGAUUCCUCCCGUGGGUCCAUUCGGCGUAAGAACCCGUCCGCCUCGCGCUCCCGGCCCAGCGUGGAUGAAGGAGCCAGCGUGGCGGAACAGCCGGAGGACGAGUCUGUGGCUGUCUCCGACCCCAAACAGGUGCGGCUCAUCCACGGCAGGACCGCCUCCUCCACACCGGCCAGCCCCACCAGCCCCGCCUCCCCGACGGACGGCGCGGAGAGAGGGCAGACCGGAGCGAACCCGGAGGCCGGCAAAGACCUCUUCAACAUGAAGCCGGAGUGGGAGCACCUGAGCCCGGUGGACGUGCGGCGCAUGCACACCGCCAUGAGGCUCAACGAGGUCAUCACCAAGAAGUCCAAGGAGGCAAAGCUGGUCCUGCUCAACAUGCCCGGACCGCCCAAGAACCGCGUGGGCAAUGAGAACUACAUGGAGUUCCUGGAGGUGCUGACCGAAGGUCUCAAUCGGGUCCUCCUGGUGCGCGGAGGUGGACGCGAGGUCAUCACCAUCUACUCCUGAAGGGGCUUAGAGGUCUUUCAUGGUCACACGCACACAGACUCCGCCCCCCCCCCCCAAAGAAGAGCUCACAUACGCCCGUUUCACCGCACGGAGGAUUAUGUAACGUUGUGCUGAUAACAGCAGAUAAGUUGGUGCUUACUGCUGACAUUUUAGUGCAGUAAUAAAAACAACCUAAAGCGUCACUUAUCCUCAGAAAAAAGGUUUUCUCACAUGUUUGUUCCCUUUUGCUUUUCUCUUCUUUCUUUAACUGUGAAUUAUUUAUUUAUAUUAUUUAUGUAUUUAUUUAAUUAGUCUUUCUUUGUCUAAUUCUGCUUUUGGUGGUACAGUUGGAAGCGUGCGUUUAUUAACUUACAAGACUUACAGGCAGCGACAUUUAUGUGGGAAUGGUCACAUUCAUUGAUUCACAUUCAUUAAUUGGAGAAUUAAAAAAGGGCAGAAGCUUCGCUCAGUGCACACUAUAUUUUAAGACGCAGCGACGUGCUUGCAGUUCUUGACCCUGAAACUCAAGAGAGGAUGUGGCGAGGAUUUCCCGCGGCUGCAGACGAGCUCACAGGGCUCGUAUUGAACGAGCCGAGUGACCUUUGACCUCAGCUUGAAUACUGCACACUCACUACUCAGUGUUCUGCCGUCACGUGGCCACGUUUCUGCGGUAAAGAAAAUCUGCACUUUCUCUCUUUACAAUGAAAAAUCAGUUGAUUUUCUCUACUGGGUUCAGACUUAUUAUAUAUAAAUACGAUAUAUAUUAUAGUAUAAUGUCUAUGACGGAGAAAGUCAAUGAAUGUAGAAUUAUAUUUUUCAUUUUGACUGUUUAAAAACAUGUGUUGUUUCUAUGUCAUGUUUGUUUGUAAACAAAAUUCAGCAAUAGAUAAAUAUAAAUCAAUUAUAUAAUAAUAAUAAUAAUAAUCAGGGUUUUUUGUGCAGCUGUCAGGAACCUCAAAAAGGUUUGGAUAUGUUUUAAUUUAAGUAUUCCGUAUUUCAUGGACACUAAGCACUGCACCAUUCAGUACUUUGCUCGUUUGUUUUCUUGCAGAUAUUAAGCACAACUGUAAUGUAAGUCUUUACCUCUCAGCAACAAAGAAACUCACAAAAUGUCCAAACGUGUUUGCUGCUUUGCUACUGCACCUUGUAUUUAAAAAACCCAACUGUUUGGGGGUGAUUUAGUCAGACUGUCAGACUGUGCCACCGCUCAUGCGGUCAGUAGAGUUUAUUUCCCUCUUCCCCUCAGCCUGUCAGUACUGUGAAGUAUUUCAGCUAGAGCAUUCUGCAUCUCUUUCUAGUGAAAAGCAGUCAGUAUCUUUUCCAGGAAAUCAUAAGACAUGUAAGUAUUAUUUGUAUUGUUUUACACACACAUAUUGGUACGUGCUCUUUUUGGAGAAUAUCUAUGCAGCCUUUUGUGUUUCCCCUUUCAACUCUGAAAAUAUUGUGUUAUUUCUGAUUCAUGAGAAGACGAUGUAGCUCUACAGGUGGAUGUAUUGGUAAAAUGUGUGUGUGUGUGUGUGUGUGCGAUGCCCGAGGCUUGUUGACAGUGAUUGUAACCGAAGGAUGGAGCGAAGAUGGACAUUUGUAAAUAGGUGCUUGACUUUAGGCUUAGUGCAAUGUGUGUCAACACAGGUUUUAUAGAUAUGAAAUAGUUUGUAUUGUCUUAUGAAAUUAUGGUUUAAAGAAACCAUUUUAUAUGUCAGCAGAAUGCAAUAAAUUUAAAUCAUUUCAAUGCAA